UGGUGGUUUCGGUAUCCGGUGUGAUUUCCUUCGUUUCCUUUACGAUAGGCACAGGUUGCAGGUUAUCAGCAGGUUAUGCAUGAUUUGAUAGCGUUCAUUGCACAAACAGGACCGAAUGGGCGAGGCGCUAGUUUUGAACAGGAUUGCCGGUAAAACCUGUCUAAUCCCAUGGCUCCAGGAAUUGGGACUGAUCAGACGCGAGAGGCAGUGCGGCGUCUGCGGGGGCAGCACGCAUCUCAAGCGCAGGAAUGGUUCUCCCUAUACCUGGGUAUGUCGUAACCGCGGCCAUUACUGGUCCGAAAGGCUCACGUCCGGCACCAUCUUCCACUGUUCUCAACUGACGCUUGGCCGCGCCUUGACAGUCGCGUACCUGUUUGCGCACGGCAUCACAAACGUGAACGUGUUAGCUUUCGAGUCGUCAAGGCAGGGAAAGCUGACACCAAGUCGCACAGUCUCCAGGUGGCUCUCGCUUCUGCGUCGGGGCAUAUCACUGUUCGCGGCGAAACGGCUGAGCAGAAAAAUCGGUGGAAGCGGGAAAGUCGUCGACGUCGACGAGGCAUUCCUGGGGUGGACGAACCGUCGGAUGGUUGUCGGGAUGAUGGAACGCGAGGUCGGACCGGAUGGGAGACCCCGCGCCGGAAGGCUACGACUCGUACCCAUCCCCAAGAGCAAGUGCCACAGAACAGAAAUGGUUCGGGUCGUCCGACGACACGUUCUGCACGGGACGACCGUCGUCACUGGCGGCCGGGCGGCUUACGCGAGGCUGUCCACGCUGGGGGAGGAUCCGCUCUUGUGGAGGUUGAAGGGCAGGGAGCCUUACUACCGACACCAGGUGGUUACCCAUAGGCUCGGCAGCGUUGCACGAAAGAAUGCCAAGAUCCACGUGCAAGUUUGUGGACCUGUAUGGAAGUGUAUCAAACAACCCUUAAGUGGUGGCGGAAACCGAAGGGGCCGACUCAGGCAGUACUUGUACGAGCAGAUCUGGAGGAGGAACGUCAGGAGGCACGGUCUGGAUCCUUUUGACGAGAUCGUCGGCUUGCUAGCCGAAGCCGGUGGCAAAGUCUUCGAGAGGCCGAGAGUGCGAGGCCGUGGACGUGUACCUUCUUCCCGGCCGGAGAGGAACGACCAAACGUGCCCCGCGACACCAGGAAGGCAUCGAGCGCAGGAACGUGUCCAAGGGAAGAAACGGGCUGCAUCACUAAACGAUUGUAAAGCUGGACGACCAAAAGUCUCAAGAAUGGGUCCAGCACAGCAACUCCCGGUUUGUACAGUGCCACUUAGUGGUAAACAUAAUGGUCCAGCAGCAACACCUGUGUCAAGAAUAGGUCCAGAACAGAAACUACCAGUUUGUACAAUGCCACUUAGUGGUAAACAAAAUGAAAGUCCAGCAGCAACGCCUGUGUCAAGGAUAGGUCCAGAACAGAAACUACCAGUUUGUGCAGUACCGUUUAGAGGUAGACAGAAUGAAGGUCCAGCAGCGGCAGCUGUUGAUGCCACUCCUCCUAAGGUGGUGGUGUCAGCGGAGCUUCCGUCGAUUGUGCAACACUUCGGUUUUGUGCCAUGCGUGCAGCCGUCUUGUGUAGGGCAGUCUCAAGUGCUACGAGGCGUUCAGCUGCAGAGUCCACGGGUACACCCACAGGUUUCUGGGUUUCUCACAUGGCAGCCACAGGUGUUGACCACACAGCAACCCUUCGUGAUACCACCCACGUCACAAGUGCUUUAGACAAGUUCCUUCCAUUGUCUUGCCUCAUCCCUAUUGACUAGUCUGUGGGUGUGUAUUUAGUGCAGUUUCAUGUGCCAUUUAUCCAUGUCGUUGUACAGUAGACUACUUGUGCCAUAUGGACAGCAGUGUAAUGACUGCUUUCCCUCGUCUCCUAUGUAGAUCAGACACAAUCUCGAUGCCAGCUUGUUAAGCAGUCCGUCGGAUUUGCAGUUUUAUAAAUAAAGAGUAUGACAGUGUAAA